AUGGAUCUAUAUGACGAUGACUUGGAGUGUCGUACCUCUCGGAUGAUGGCGUCCACGGACACAACCUGCCAAACCCGAGGACAGCUCGACAAUAACAUGCUCAAAUACAACAGCAACCCUAACGUCCAACCCUUUGACUGCCAUAUCGAAACACGGGUCAUCGCCAACUCUUGUCGCCCAUGGCCGUACAACGACGAAAGUAACAGCAACUCUAUCGACCGUGGUGCACUUUCAUCCGUCAGCCUUGGAAGCAGCGAUAUAUCAAUGAUGCCAUCGUCCGGUCUUCUCAGUCAUCUAUCGAACCAAAACAUCAUUAACUCCAGAGAUGAUGAUCAUGAUGACGACGACAUCACUAAUUUUCAUAACGACAAUCUUCAACAACAAAGCAUUCCAGAUACGCAGCUCGACCUCCUUCUCAACAUGGAAUCCCAGCAAUUAAAGAACUUUGAUGAUUACACUCUAGAAGAGGAUGAUGACGAGUUUAACGGUAGUAGAGUACCACAAGACACCGCAAAGCGAGCUGCAACAGACAUGGAAAUUGAAGACAAUGAGAUUGACGGGGAGAACAGUGAAGGAGUAGAAGAAUUCGACGAUGACUAUUUCCAGGGCCAAUUGGGAACACAGCCACAGCCUCGUGAAACUAUAAUUGAGAGAAUCGAACAAGUUGUUCAUGAGCUGCUGCAGCGCAUUGUGCUGCAGAAGGCACCCUUGGGAUUUCCUGGAUUUGUCGCUUCACCGUCACCAAAGCAGACAUAUCAAAGUAAACGAAUGCGUAAUACGGAAUCAGAAGCAACGACGUCAUUAGCAUCGACAAGCGACUAUACAGAUAGUCUAAAUAAGAGAGAUCAUCAGCAAGCGAAUACAAGUAGCGGUUCCACCAGUAUCUGCAGCACUGCCGCCACGAGCAACAGUUCUCGUGCUAGCAUUAAGAGAAAAAGCCAGGCUUCAGACAAUGCUCGAUCCAUCAAAACAUUUGGUACCUAUAAACUCUCCAUUACCGCGCGCCGGUUGAAAGUUCUCGAGAUUAUACACGAAUCCAUUUCCAACAAUGUUGUCGUCUCAAAACGAGACAUUUACUACCGUGAUGUGACCCUGUUUACAAACCAGACGGUAGUAGAUACGAUCGUCAAUGGCUGGUCGCGUUAUUUCAAUGUACCUCGUUCGAGCCUGAAUGUGACUGCAUCUUCCAAAGGUUUGAUUUUCGGUGCGGCGUAUAUCACGCUCAAAAACAACAAGGCGAUCGAUUGCACGGCAGAUGUCAAUACUGACGACAGUUAUUGUAGUGAUGAGCAGGGCGUUUUGAUACCACCGGUAAACCAAAUCGCUAACGUUGUGUGUGUUGCAGAAUUUGUGCUCGUUAUCGAAAAAGAGGCGAGUUUCAGGCAUUUGGUCUCGACGGGAUUCUCAAAAAUGUUUCCCAAUGGUAUCCUUAUUACGGGACGCGGUUAUCCGGAUAUUGCCACGCGGCACUUCCUCAAGUAUCUGGCGACUGAAAAUAGAAAACUACAGAUUCUCGCGCUCGUUGAUUAUGAUCCAUACGGUCUUGAUAUCUAUGCUGUAUACAAAUGGGGAGGUCGCCUUCAGGCAUUCGAUGCACCCAACCUUGCAGUACCAAAAAUCCAACUUGUUGGCCUUACAAAGAAGGACAGGCUAAAGUUUGAUAUACCGGAUAGUGCAUUUGGUAACUUGACGGAUCGUGACCGGAGCAAAGCAUUGAGUAUGAUCAUUCACUACAGCACAAAAACCAGCAACAAUGGGAACACUGCGACACAACUGCAAUAUUCGCUGGCGAACCGCGCUGUCCAUGCACCAUCUAGUUGCAGCCCAUUUGUGCGAGAAGUAUCGACCAUGCUCCACUUGAAUCUUAAAUGUGAGCUACAAGCAUUGAGCGUCGGCAGCCAAUUUGGGAUGAUCAGUUAUUUACAAAGCAAAGUUAGCAGCAGACUGCUUGCUAGCAACAGCAUCAUCACAGCAAAUGCGACCCAUACAGCAAAGUAA